UUCUGCAGAACACCACUUGCUGGAGGCGCUGGUACGCAAGCAGUGCUCCGCCCUCGGUGUCUGCUCAGGUGUGCGUGUGUCGGAGGAACAUUGCGGAGCUACAGGGAGAGCAGAGGGGACACGGUCAUGUCAGACAGCGGGAACGCACAGUCGCAGGACGGAGGAUCCCACGGCGAGGACAGAACGAGCCGGGUGACGAGCCCAAGUGUGGGCAACAGAGUGACCGUGGUGCUCGGAGCGCAGUGGGGCGAUGAAGGAAAAGGAAAGGUGGUAGACCUGCUGGCUCAGGACGCUGAUAUGGUCUGCAGAUGUCAGGGGGGCAACAAUGCAGGACACACGGUCGUGGUUGAUUCAGUGGAAUAUGAUUUCCACCUUCUACCAAGUGGGAUUAUCAACCCUAAGGUCACAGCCUUCAUUGGUAAUGGUGUAGUCAUUCACCUGCCGGGCCUCUUCGAGGAGGCUGAGAAGAAUUUGCGGAAAGGAAAAGGUCUAGAAGGCUGGGAGAACAGGCUCAUCAUCUCUGAUCGUGCACACAUUGUGUUUGAUUUCCAUCAAGCUGUGGAUGGAGUCCAGGAACAGGAGAGGCAACAGCAAGCUGGCAAAAAUUUAGGAACAACUAAAAAGGGAAUCGGCCCCGUGUAUUCAGCCAAAGCAGCUCGCAGUGGCCUGAGGAUAUGUGACCUUCUGGCUGACUUUAAGGAUUUCUCAGAGAGAUUUAAAAAUUUGGCCUCACAGUAUAAGUCUAUGUACCCUUCACUGGAGAUUGAUGUGGAUGGGGAACUUGAGAAACUCAAGACAUAUGUAGAUAGGAUAAAGCCCAUGGUGAGAGAUGGAGUCUUCUUCAUGCAUGAUGCGCUACAUGGACCUCCAAAAAAGAUCCUGGUGGAAGGUGCCAAUGCUGCCUUGCUGGACAUUGACUUUGGGACAUAUCCUUUCGUGACUUCCUCAAACUGCACUGUGGGAGGGGUGUGUACGGGUCUGGGCAUGCCACCCCAGAAUGUUGGUGAAGUCUAUGGAGUUGUCAAAGCCUACACCACGAGAGUUGGGAUUGGGGCUUUCCCUACAGAACAGAACAACGAAACCGGAGAGCUCUUGCAGAUGAGAGGCAAGGAAGUGGGUGUGACCACAGGUCGCAAAAGGAGAUGUGGUUGGCUGGAUCUUGUGCUUAUUAAAUAUGCUCACAUGAUUAAUGGCUUCACGGCCUUGGCUCUCACCAAACUAGACAUCUUAGAUGUGCUUCCUGAGAUCAAAGUUUGUGUGGCAUACAAAGUAGAUGGUGAAACCAUCCCACAUUUCCCAGCAAACCAAGAAGUGCUACAGAAGGUUGAAGUGCAGUAUGACACUCUGCCAGGCUGGAAAACAGACACGUCUGCUGCCCGGACCUUUGAUGAGCUUCCAGAAAAUGCAAAGAAAUACGUCAACUACAUCGAAGAUCAGUUGUGUGUGCCUGUGAAGUGGAUUGGUGUUGGGAAGUCAAGGGAAUCAAUGAUCCAGCUCUUUUAAGAGGCUGCUUGGCCUGCAUGUAGCAGUGGCUGGAUUAUGCUCUGGACUCGGGGACUCGGUGCCGGAGACGGGAAGUUGCCUCGUACAUUUCCUCUCCCACCUCGCUUCAGUUUCUCCAUGGCAAGAAAGUUGAACAUUUUCUGUCACUCAGAUCAUCUUACAGCCUGUUUAAAUAGAGUAUUUCUCUAUAUUUUCUGUGGUAAAUCAAAAAGGCAAGAUUUGGCAUCACGUAACGGUUUCUCAUCUGUUCUUCUCUUUUAUUUUGAGCUGUCGUAAGCUCAGUUAUCUCCAUCUUGAGUCCAUAUGCUGUAAAUGUGCUACUACUUCAAACAGUCAGACUUCAGUAGUUGUUAGAUAACAGUUUUUCAAAAAGGUUAGGUAAAACAAUUACUUAUACAUAUUUCAUGUUUCAAUGGUUAUGCGAUGUAUAUUACCACACUUUGUCCUUGUUUUAAAUGGACCGUAUGACUGACUUGUUCAAGUCAACUUCAUUUUAACGUACGCUUUUUAAAAGACGGAUUAAAUGUUUCUUUACCGGAUGCAUAAAAGUGAAUCUUUUGACUCACGUGAUUCACGAUUCAGUGAUUCUAAAUGAGAAAUAUGUAGAAGCAGUCAAUGUUUUAUUGAAGCGUUUUCAAAUUUGAAACUAUUUUAAUUUGCUCCAAAAAAUAGUAUGUAACAAACGAAUUAUAAUGUGCCUCAAGAUACAGAAACAUGCAAGAGUUUAAGCAUAUACUAUUAUACAAGCUAGGCUCUUGAUUCCAUUGAAUGUAUGUAAAUGUUUGCACAGUCCUCGGAUGUUUAUUGUUCAACUUUACAACUUUAUGCCACAGGCAUAUUAAAGCCACUUUAAUUGUCAGUACUGAGAUAUCUGGAUACUUGCCUUUCAGUACAGAUUGUCAAAGUAUAGAUCCUUAAGACAUUUAUGUGCAUUCAGACGCCACCUCAGGACGUACAAUUCUGUUUAGCCAGUAAAACGCACUGAUGAUUAAACUUCUUUUACGGUUGCUAGCUGCUGCAGAACCUUUAAAUGUUAGAGAUGUUCUAAAUAGUUGAACAUAAGAGUCACUAGAGCUUGUAUGUUUAAAUAUGACUGGGUUGUUUCAUAAACCCAGAUUUGCUUCUUGUCUCACCUUCAGUUCUGCACCUACCAAUAAAUGAGUAAUAUAGGAUAAAGUGUGCCUUGUUAAUACAGAUGAACAAUGAAACUUGAAAACUAGUCUGAUUGAGCUUUUAUGGAUUUUAAUUGAUAAACUUCAAUACUUUAGCUUUUCGAGGGCAUUAGCGUCAUUGCCAUUUUGCCAAAAGUGUACAUGCAUCCAAAGAAGUAUCUUAAUGGAUAAAUGAAUGCUGUGAUAUAAAGAGCCUUUGUAAAUGACCCAGAAUGAAAACUCUCUUUUUCUGUCGCUCACAGCUGCUGAAUAAAUGAUAUAACCUGUUUAUUGUUUAGUAGUGUCUAUUUCACAUCAGUUAUCUUGUAUUAUCACAUUUCCCCUGAACAAAUAGGACAGCGGAAACAUUCAAACAACAGUAUGUUUGCACAAAAACACGUUUUUCUGUUUUUGAAAUCCUUUACUUUGAAUUCUGUGUUGUAUUGCUGCUGACUGGGUUUUCAUGUAUGUAUAUACAGAACACAAAGCCAUAUUCUCUUGAAUUUACUGUUACUGUACACUUUGCUGGUGAUGGAAACUGGUGGGUGUGCAUGUUCAUCUAGUGGGAUUUGCUCAAAAACUCACUCACUUUGUAAUUUAUCUUGGGUGAAUGACACUUCAGUCAAUAAAGUAAUAUAGUCAGAAACA